UAAAACGCUCCCGGGCACGCACAUUCUCCCGGGUUUUUCCGCCACCGAGAGAAGCGAGCUCGCCACACCACUACUCUCACGCUAAGCUGCAGUGUCGUAGGCUGCUGCAGUUAGCGAGCCCGUGGUUGCUUGUUACUGUAGCUUGCUCCGCGCGCUGCACUCCGAUGCCUCCUCGCCCGUAGCCGCGUUCCAGCAGAGCGACGACGCGAUGGCGGCGGCGGUGGUGGUGGUGGUGCUGCUGGCCGUCGCUGCCGCUCUUGUUGCAGCGGAGCCGCCGCCGAGCGAGCGGUCGGCGCUGCUGGCGUUCCUGACCGCGACGCCGCACGAGCGGCGGCUCGGGUGGAACUCGUCCACGUCGGCGUGCGGGUGGGUCGGGGUGACGUGCGACGCGGGGAACACCACGGUGGUGCAGGUGCGGCUCCCCGGGGUGGGGCUCAUCGGCGCCAUCCCGCCGGACACGCUCGGCCGGCUCCCCAACCUGCAGGUGCUCUCCCUCCGCUCCAACCGCAUCCUCGGCGGCAUCCCCAGCGACGUGCUGCAGCUCUCCCAGCUCCGGCUGCUCUUCCUCCAGAACAACCUGCUGUCCGGCGACAUCCCGCCGGCGGUCAGCGGGCUCGGCGCCCUCGAGAGGCUCGUCCUCUCCAACAACAACCUCUCGGGGCCCAUCCCCUUCACGCUCAACAACCUCACCUCGCUGCGCGCCGUCCGGCUCGACGGCAACAAGCUCUCCGGCAGCAUCCCCAGCAUCAGCAUCAAGAAUCUAACCGUCUUCAAUGUCUCCAACAACAACCUCAAUGGCUCCAUCCCAGCGUCGCUCGCGCACUUCCCAGCCGAAUACUUCGCCGGCAACCUCCAGCUCUGCGGCACGCCGCUGCCUCCCUGCAGAUCGUUCUUCCCGUCGCCGGCGCCGGCGCCCGGGAUGAGCCCCGCCGACGUCCCGGGGGUGGACUCCUCCAAGAAGCGGAAGCUCUCCGGCGCGGCAAUCGCGGGCAUCGUCGUGGGCGCCGUCGUGCUGGCGCUGCUCCUCCUCAUCGCCGUCGUGCUCUGCGCGGUAUCCCGGCGGCGCAGAGCCACCGGCGACGGACCAAAGAGCACGACGGCGGCGGCCGGCGCCGCCGCCAGAGGGGUGGCCCCUCCGGGCUCCGGCGAGGGAACCGGCAUGACGUCCUCGUCCAAGGAGGACAUGGGCGGUGCGUCCGGGUCGGCCGCCGCCGCCGCCGCGGUGGCAGCGGCCGGAGCCGGCGCGACCGAGCCGAGCCGGCUGGUGUUCGUCGGGAAGGGCGCCGGGUACAGCUUCGACCUGGAGGACCUGCUGCGCGCGUCGGCGGAGGUGCUGGGGAAGGGGAGCGUGGGGACGUCGUACAAGGCGGUGCUGGAGGAAGGGACGACGGUGGUGGUGAAGCGGCUCAAGGACGUGGCGGUGGCGCGGCGCGAGUUCGACGCGCACAUGGACGCGCUCGGCAAGGUGGAGCACCGCAACGUGCUCCCCGUCCGCGCCUACUACUUCUCCAAGGACGAGAAGCUCCUCGUCUACGACUACCUCCCCAACGGCAGCCUCUCCGCCAUGCUCCACGGAAGCCGGGGCUCCGGCAAGACGCCGCUGGACUGGGACGCGCGCAUGCGGUCGGCGCUGUCCGCCGCUCGCGGGCUGGCGCACUUGCACACGGUGCACAACCUCGUGCACGGGAACGUCAAGUCAUCCAACGUCCUGCUCCGGCCGGACCCCGACGCGGCGGCGCUCUCGGACUUCUGCCUCCACCCGAUCUUCGCGCCGUCGUCGACGCGCCCCGGGGCCGGCGGCUACCGGGCGCCGGAGGUGGUGGACACGCGGCGGCCGACGUACAAGGCCGACGUCUACUCCCUCGGCGUGCUCCUCCUGGAGCUCCUCACCGGCAAGUCCCCGACGCACGCGUCCCUGGAGGGGGACGGCACGCUGGACCUGCCGCGGUGGGUGCAGUCCGUGGUGCGGGAGGAGUGGACGGCGGAGGUGUUCGACGUGGAGCUGGUGCGGCUCGGCGCGAGCGCGGAGGAGGAGAUGGUGGCGCUGCUCCAGGUGGCCAUGGCGUGCGUGGCCACCGUGCCGGACGCGCGUCCCGACGCACCGGACGUGGUCAGGAUGAUCGAGGAGAUCGGCGGCGGCCACGGGCGGACGACCACCGAGGAGAGCGAGGAGGGCGUGCGUGGGACGUCGGAGGAGGAGCGGUCGAGGGGCACGCCUCCGGCCGCCCCGACGCCGUGACGCCGGCGGACGACACCUUCUUGGUCAGGGUAAAGGUUAAAAAUUGCACAGGUUCUUGGCUACCUGUAUGCCAAAUGCUCUGUUCUUUGCCAUUUUUUUCCUCUCUUCUUCAGUUUCUUACCCUGGGUAUUGUUUUGUUGGAUCAAAUUGUAUUUUCUCAGGCUCCAUUCUUCCAAGUAAAUGUAUUUUUCUCUUCUCUUUUUUUUUUUUACCGUCAUUCAACGCCUGUCCCCUUUGUGAUCGUUGUUCCCCUCGUCUUCUUUCGUUUAUGUUUUAGAAUUGAGUAAUCACAUGUUUGAGCUGGGAGCAAAGGAAUUCCAAAACCUAAUCAUUUCUAUGGCC